AUGACAAAAUCCUCCACUGACUUGCCAUCAGUUAAAACUUCAUUAAUUGAAGUCACAGACAAAUUAUCUAAUCCACCAUGUAGAAUUUUUUUCAAAAAUGAAUAUUUACAACCAUCAGGAUCUUUUAAAUUAAGAGGAAUUGGAUAUAUGUUAGAACAAAAAAUCAAAGAAGCUAAGAAAUUAAAUAAAUCAAAAGUUAUUGUAUUUUCAUCAUCUGGUGGUAAUGCAGGUUUAGCAGCUGCUUAUGCUGCAAAAUAUUAUAAUGUUGAAUGUACUGUUGUUUUACCUACUGUUUCAACUCAAUUGACUAUAAAUAAAUUGAACGAAUUAGGAGCUAAUGUUAUUGUUCAUGGUGAUCAUUGGGGAGAAGCUGAUGAAUAUUUAAGAGAAAUAGUUAUGAAAUCAAUUGAUGAAAAAAAUGAUUAUCCUGUUUAUUGUCAUCCAUUUGAUGAUGACUUAAUAUGGAAAGGUCAUUCAAAAAUUGUCACUGAAAUAAUUGAAGAGAAUCAAUUACCUAACCUAGAUAAUGUUAAAGGAAUUGUUUGUUCAGCUGGUGGAGGAGGAAUGUAUAAUGGGUUAGUAGAAGGUUUGAAAAGUCUUAAAGAAAAUGAUAUUCCAAUAUUAGUAAUGGAAACAUUACAAGCACCUACUUUUCAUGAAACUAUUGAACAAAAUAAAUUAAUAACAUUAAAAUCAUUAAAAACACUAGCAUCUUCAUUAGGCUCACCAUAUUUAUCAUCAAAAGCAUUUGAAAAUUAUAAAUCACAUCCUACAUAUUUAGGAUUAAUUGAUGAUUUAGAUGCUUUAAAAGGAACUAUUGAUCUAUAUGAUAAAUUUGAUAUAUUAACAGAACCUGCUUGUGGUGCUUCUAUUUCAACUGUUUUUGAUAAAAAAGAUUUAUUAAUUAAAAAUUUUAAAAAUUUAAAAAAAGAUGAUAUUAUUAUAAUAAUUGUUUGUGGUGGUUCUAGCGCAAAUGAAGGGACUUUAGAUUUUUAUAGGAAGUUAAUAAAAGAUCAAUGA